CUUCCCCACGAGCGACCUACGGGCGGCGUCCUCAAUGCUCGACGAUGAGCUCUUGAUCCUCAUUGGCUGCACAUUCAGGUCUAGUUUCACAAUCUCGGUUAACCGACCGGUUAGUGUCGACUAUCAUUAUUUCUAAUCAAUUUUACUUAAUGACAAAUGCAAUUGGCCAAUUUCGACAGAAAAAUCAGUCUAUGCGGUUAACCGGAGGUUGUGAAACCAAGUUUAAUGUGAUUGCUUCGAUCUAAAGGUAAUAAUCACAUUUAACUGCUACUUAUCAUUGCCGCCUCUAAUUGGUUGUCGCAUUUAUGUUGCAACUGGCGACGCAUUGUAAAACGCCCUUUAUGUCACAAUCCAAGAGAAAAACAAACCAAUCAAAUGUUUCAUAGAGAAGAAGUCAUAUUAUUAUUUUUUUAUUUUGACAAAUAAUGAUGGAUUCAUUAUCUGUCAAAAUUGGAGGUGAUUGAGUCUUCUUAACAUUUACCGAUUUUUCUAUACUGCGUUCGUGGAACACAACUAAUAUAAAAUUUUCUGAUUGGAUGUUUCAAUGGAAAAACUCUGAGCAUCAAAUGGCUGGGGUCAAUCGCAAAUCGCAACACGAUAUUCCGGUUCUUAUGUAUUGUGACAGAAGUACACACGUAUUGUGUUUACAAGUAUUCGUUUUGCACAGUUUUUUAUAAAUUGAUUUUAUAAAUUUUAUAAAUUAAAAGCGAAGAAUAGGGUGAUCCUAAUAAUAAGAUUAUAAUUGUAUAAAUAUUGAGAUGAAUAUUUAUACAUGACAGCUCUCUUUAUGUCUAAUGUAUCCUGUGCUAACGCAUGAAAUUAGUACAAGGAAGAAUUUAUAUACUUGAAUGACAUUUAUAUACAAGAUUUAUAGAUCGAUAUAUUUUGCAAUAUCUUGUAAGAAAACAGUGAGAAAGAGAUGGUAUUACCGGCACGUAUAUCACAUAAAGCCAACAGAGUCUCAUACCAUUAUCACAAUAUCUUUGUGAUAUGCUUAUUGUUAUUUACAUCGUUCAUUGUACUGAUCUCAGUGUAUCAUAUUUUUAAAUUUGGUAGUACACAGAAACAUUCCGAACAUAUUCCUAUAACGUUGAAUGAUAUAAAUGCUUUGCCCAUCCAAACGUUAUCUGCUGACUUGGGUACUGUGGAUGCUACCAAUUCUUCUUGUACAUAUUUCACUUGUUUCAAUGUGUAUCGUUGCGGCAGUCAGGGAAACAAACUUCUGGUGUAUGUCUACCCACUCAAGGUAUAUCUGGAUUCCAUGGGUAGACCGAUUACCAGUCAGAUGACAAAGGAAUUCUAUCAAAUUCUAAGCGCUAUUAUCAGCAGCAAAUUUUAUACUCCUAAUCCAUACGAAGCUUGUAUUUUUAUCCCUUCCAUUGAUACUCUCAAUCAGAAUAGAUUGAGAUUGCAGGAAGUCUCUCAAGCACUAAGAACAUUGCCUUUCUGGAACAAAGGAGAGAAUCACUUGAUCUUUAACAUGGUACCUGGGAAUGUACCAGAUUACAACACCAUCAUUGAUGUACCAAUAGGAAAAGCAAUGAUUGCAGGUGCUGGAAUGUCAUCCAUGACGUAUAGACCUAGCUUUGACAUUAGUUUACCAGUCUACAGUCCACUUGUAAAUAAUCUGAAAACAAAUCACAGUAAUAUGAGAAUAUGGCUAGUAAUGUCUUCCCAAAUCAACAUUAAUUCUGCUUUUGAACAAGAUUUAAUGGAAAUGAAAAUGACAUAUCCAAAAGACAUUUUGGUGUUGGGUCCAUGUUUGCACUUUAAUCCAAUGAAUAAUACGAUACGUUGUAUAGGGAAGGAUAUAUACAAGUAUCCUGAUAGUCUGCAAACAGCAACAUUUUGUCUAAUAAUCCGUGGUGCUAGACUUGCCCAAAGUGUGCUUUUGGAUGCAAUGGCUGCUGGUUGUAUACCUGCGAUUAUAGCCGAUUCCCUAAUGAUGCCAUUUCAUGAUGUAAUUGAUUGGACUAAGGCUGCUGUUUUUAUACGUGAGGUUGACAUUUUGUUAACUAUUCAACUGCUAAAAAAGAUAUCUCAUCAACGUAUCAUGGAGAUGCAAGAACAGAAUGCGUGGCUCUAUAAUCGUUAUUUUAGUUCGAUGGAGAGAAUUACCGAAACUACAUUAGAAAUACUCGCAGAUCGCGUAUUUCCACAUUUAACACGAGAUUACACAUACUGGAAUGUACCAUCUUAUAAGGGAAAGCAUUCACCACUCUUUCUACCAGUGACUGCUCCUAAAACACGUGGCUUCACUGCCGUAAUAUUAACGUACGACAGACUGGAGUUAUUGUUCUUAUUAAUUAAUAAACUCGUAAAGGUACCGAGUCUGUCCAAAGUAUUAGUGAUUUGGAAUAAUCAGCAUAAAGAUCCACCACAUUCUUCUAGGUGGCCAAAAGUAAAUAAGCCAUUAAAAGUAAUACAGACGAAAGAAAAUAAAUUGUCCAACCGAUUUUAUCCAUAUGAUGAGAUUGAAACUGAAGCAGUAUUGUCAAUAGAUGAUGAUAUUAUCAUGUUAACUGCUGAUGAAGUAGAAUUCGCUUAUGAGGUGUGGAGGGAAUUUCCUGAUAGAAUUGUUGGAUUUCCAUCUCGCUUACACAUGUGGGAUAAUGGUACUAAUUGUUGGAAGUAUGAAAGCGAAUGGACGAACAGUAUUUCUAUGGUUUUAACAGGAGCAGCUUUUCAUCAUAAGCAAAAAACUAACACCCUCUCCUGUUAUCCUCACCAAGAAUGUAUAAGUUAAUCCAACAAAGUAAAUUAUACCACACAUUUCUCCUACAUGUAUUAAAGUAUAUUGAGUAUUAAAUUAUUAUAUCAUA